CGGCGGAUUCAGCGCUCUGGCCUGGCCUGGCGUAGCCGGGGCGGCGGUGAGCAGGGACCCCGCGGCCGGGCAGCUCCUCGGCUCCGCUCGGCCGCGCCCGCCGCUCCGCUGCCGCCGCAGAGGGGAGGGCUGUGAACCGUAAAUCUCCGAGGGGAAAAUCCCCUGCCCUGCCCCCUCAGGAUUUCGCGUGGCGGAGCUGUUCCGCUGCAGGCGUAGCGAACGCGCAGUACAGAGCCGUGUCGCGGAAGUCAGAGUUGCUUUCUAGUGCCUUUUGUCUUAGUCCCUCCCGAUUUCCUGUUAGUAAUGCAACACUAAAUAAUGGUUGAUUAUUUCUGCUUGACUUGUAUGCGUGUUUAAGUCCUGGGUAUUUGGGCAGGGUAGAAAUUCUUUGGGAUUGUUUUGAGAACAAUAAGUUUGAGUGGCGCAGAAAUACAGACCCUUCUGUUGCUCUGCAUGUGGAGUUUAAAGUAGUAUCCUCGGGAGGAAAGCAAGAGUUUUCAGAAGCUUUCUCUUUUAGUUGACAGAUUUCUCUGUGCUUUGAUGCUGAGAGAAGGGAAUAAAAGGAGACAAUUGAUCUGUUAUUAACUAUAGUCUUUGCAUCGUCCCAUUUUGCAAACUUGCAAGUGGUAAAGUCUGGAGGUCCAUCUUCAGCUUUGGGAAACUUGUCCUGGAUUUAUGGCUAAUCUGGCCACGUUCUAAAAGCCACUGGAAUUAUAGAAGCAUUUAGAAAUUGCAGUGAGCUGCAUCCUGUGGGUUGUGUACCAGAAGGUGUCUGUUCCUUAGGCUUGCUGCAAAAUCAGAUGUGAAAAUUACUCUUAAAUGCGCCUCUUUAAUGCCUGAAAUUAACUUGACACUCAGUCAGUCAAGUUUAGCUUUAAUGCCUGGAAUUAACUUGACACUCAGUUAAUGUUUCUGUUGACACAGUAAAGUGAAAUGUAAGGGGGGAAAUAUAGGCUAACCGUGUUUUGAAGUUGAUUUUGACUUUUUGAGAUGGAAACAGCAUUCUGUUCUUUGCCAGUCAGGUACAUUGUUCAGUAAAAAUGCUUGACAUUGUAAUUGUCCUGCAAAGUUAAACUUUGUAUUUAUUCUAUUUUAGAUCAAGACUAAAUAUAGGUGUUUGUAUUGGAUAGGCAGAUGUGACCAUGGAAAUGUCUGGCUUGUAAUUAUUUGUGUGCUUGCCUGAGAACUCAGAGAUGAAAACCUAAAUAAUAAUUUUUGCAAGCAGCCUUUAACUUAGUAAAUAAAAUGAUCUCAUGCUUUCUGUUGUUCUUUUGUCCCACCGCUGCUGCCACCCCUUUUUUAGGUAUAUGGGACAGACCCAAGUCUCUCUUUAGCUGUACUGUAAAUUUUUAUAAAUGGCAAUUUUUAACAGGCUUCUUAACACUGUUGUACUUGAUAUGACAGAACCUACCAGCUGAGGCAGCUUAGUAUUAAUGAGAGAACUUUGAAAAUGACCUAUUCUUCUAGGAAAAAAGGAAGAAAACACUGGUGUUUGACCUCUGGUGCAAGCAGUGACAUUCUUCAGAUGCAAACUUAAGUAGGUUUAACCUGCUGUUCUGGAAUGGAAAUUUGUUCAUUAGCUGUAGUGAAAGAGCAGUGGGUGAGGAUAAGAUCAGUCUUGCUGUUCUUAGAAACCAAACCUUUUUGAGCUGGCCAUGAAGAGUGCUAGGAUGAGGUACAAAUUAUUUGGGUUUUUUUCUACAUGACUGAUAAAUACUUGCAUUAUUAAAAUUUACAUUUUCCAAGUUACAUUUUUAGAUUUUAAGAUUUACAGCUGAAUAAAAAUGGCUUUGGCAUUUUAUAAACAUGUCAGCAGUGCCACAGCAGGGGUAGAAAGACUAUUCUAAACUUAGCUUUAGUUUGCAUAAGCAGAAGUAGAUUUUUUUUUUUUUGCCUGCUAGUAAGCAUUUAUAUCAGUUGAUGUAAAAUAGCUCUGAAGUCAUCACUUUUCUAACUUCCUUGAAAAGAUUACCCUUCCUUCAUGAUUUCUCAUUCUUCUAGUUGACAAAUGACAGUGCUUUUAUCGGUGGGACUAGAAGUCAAAACAUCCAAACCAUCUACUUAGUCUGUGUGUUAAGUAGGAUGCUGAAAACCUAAAUUUGGUUUUCUCUGAAGUUUCACUCCAAGCUUGCUUUGUAAGUUGCUUUCAGGUGUCCUACCUGGUACUUAACAAAUGAUUGCUUUAUAAUCUACCUUCUUGAGAAACUGCUGAUGAGAAUUCUGCAAGUAGUGUGAGGAGUGUUCCAUAAAAGCACCUUAAGCUUAGGUAACAGCACCAGUAGCUUUUAAACUCUUGUCUUAGUAUAACAGGUUUAUCCCAGUGUGAUGAAGUAUGUGCAGGUAGAAAUGCUUCUGCACUGAAAGGCUGUCCAUUUGAAAUUAAUAGGUGUUACUUGGUGUUUGGUAUUCUUCAGAAGUGCGGGAAGAAAACUGUUCAAGUUUUGGAGCAAAGCCCUGCUUUCAACUGUCUGAGAACUGUAUAGAAAAUGCAGUGCAAGUGAGCUCAAGGGGAGCAUCUUACAGCCACCAGCACAGUGACAGGCUUGGACGGGGGUGAUAUUUCGGUUUUGACUGCCAAUUUUUUGUCCUUUAACAGUGAAGUCAUGAGUUAAGAUUUUCUUUCAGGAUUAUAGUCACCUGCAUAUUUGCAUCAGCUGGUUUGUUCCAUGCUGCUGGAACCAGCAGCCUUCUUCCACCACUGCAUUCUCCUGACUGCUGAGCGCCCCUGGGGAAACUCCUUGGGCUUCACCUCAGUGUCCUGAAACAAGCACAUGGAGAGUUCUGCACACAUUCACUGUUACUGCUGAGCCAAAUGAGAUCUUGCCUCUGAGCAAAUAUUUAAAACACUCUGUUGCAGCCAGCAGAGCCAACACAGCCAAGAGCUUCACCUUUUAUGUCAGCAGAAUGGUUUACCAUGUUCUAUUAUUGGGGAUUCCUCGUUGCUGGUGAUGGGUGAGCCUGAAAAACUACAGCUUUACUUGCACAUCAUAGGCACCUCUUUAGCCCAUUGUGCUGAAGACCAGAGGUUCUGCCUGAUCAGGAGUCUCUGUUAGCUAUUGAAGUGAGCUGGAGAAUGGAAGGGGUUGAGUUUAAGGAAGAGUGGCAAGAUGAAGAUUUUCCAAGGUUUUGAAUUAUUUUAAAAGCCCCUGCCAGAGGAUGAUCCUGUUGACUCUGAUGCAUUGGCUGCAGCUGGAGCAGAAAGUGAAGCUGAUACAGAGGGUAAUGAAACAAAAUUGAGGAAAAAACUAAUGGCUCCAGAUAUUAGCUUAACUUUGGAUCCCAGCGGGGAAUCUGUUUUGUCUGAUGACUUGGAUGAGAGUGGAGAGAUUGAUUUGGAUGAUUUAGAUACUCCUUCAGAAAACAGCAAUGAAUUUGAAUGGGAAGACGAUCUUCCAAAACCAAAAACUACUGAUGUGAUUAGGAAAGGCUCACUGGCUGAGUACACUGUGGCAGAGGAGAAGGAUGAUGGUCGCCGCUGGCGAAUGUUUCGGAUCGGAGAACAGGACCAUAGGGUGGACAUGAAGGCAAUUGAACCGUACAAAAAAGUUAUCAGUCAUGGUGGUUAUUAUGGUGAUGGAUUAAAUGCCAUUGUUGUGUUUGCUGUUUGCUUCAUGCCUGAGAGCAGCCAGCCUAACUACAGAUACCUAAUGGACAAUCUAUUUAAGUAUGUAAUUGGCACUUUAGAGCUGUUAGUAGCAGAGAACUAUAUGAUAGUUUACCUGAAUGGUGCAACAACACGGAGAAAAAUGCCAACUUUAGGCUGGCUUAGGAAAUGUUAUCAGCAAAUUGAUAGAAGGUUAAGGAAAAAUCUGAAAUCGUUAAUCAUAGUUCAUCCUUCCUGGUUCAUCAGAACUCUCCUGGCCAUUACAAAACCUUUUAUUAGCUCAAAAUUCAGCCAAAAAAUUAGGUAUGUCUUUACCCUGGCAGAACUAGCUGAACUCAUCCCCAUGGAAUACGUUGGCAUCCCAGAAUGCAUAAAACAGUAUGAAGAAGAAAAGUUUAGAAAGAAACAGAAAAGAGUUGACCAAGAGCUGAAUGGGAAACAAGAGCAGAAAAGUGAACAGUAAGUUUGGAGUCCAAAGAAGACUGAAGAAUAUGCAGAUGGAACGAUGCUGUUUGUGCUCCAUUACAGUGCAUUCUCUGUGUGUAUGUAUUAUAUAAUCUGUUGCAAAAGGUGCUUUGGACUAGCACAAAAUGAACUGCUUACUGCUGUAUUGGUUUGUCUUGACUUUAAUUGCUGUUUAUGUAAUCAUUUUAUAUUGCUAAAUGGCAAAGAACCCUAUGUUUUCACAGGAUGUUCUUGCAACUGUUUAUCUAAAUGAUGCAUGUUCUUCAGUAAAAUAUUUAUAUACCUAAAUGUUAAAGGAAAGAGAUAAUAUAUAUAUUUUUAUGACUGAACAAUAUAUUGUGUGUACCUGCUGAAGGAAUUCAUUUGCAGGUAGACAAGGCCAUAAGUUACUUGUUGCUAUUGUAUAAAUCUGUUUUGCUGUAAAUGGUCAAGUGCAUUUCUUUGUUGUCAUGAAAACUUGUUUGGAUAUUAACAAUCACAUUAACUUGGCUUUCACAAAUACAGAGAUCCUUAUUUUUGUUCAUUUACCUUACACAAGCUCACUCCUUUACCAAGCUUCACCUUUGGUCUCUUUCAGUCCAUAAUUCAGGAUGCAGAACUGCAGUUCUGUGGGUGGCAGUUUGUUGGCCAGGAGGUUUAAGCCUAAGCCACAAAAGCUGAACUGUGACUGGUAAGAUACCAGACCCUUUUCAGUUGAAGUUGUGACUUUAGAUUCUGCUUCAGUGUGUCAAGACUGUCUCAGCUAGCAGUAGGAAAUGAGUUCACUGCAGUUCUUUGUGAUGAAUCUUGCUUGUUUCUGGUGGGAACUCUGGUCAUGCUCAGUAGAACCUGGGAGCUACACAGGUAUUCUAGCCACAAUACCAUUUUUAGGCAGAAAUGUGAGAAGUCUUAUGCUACCUGUGUCAUUCUUGUAGAUGAAACAUCCAUUUCUAAAGCUGUUAGUCACAUGAUACCAGCACUAAUUUAUCUUUUAAGUGUUUUAAAGGUUGGGGUGUUUUCACUCCCCGCAAUGGUGGUAAAUCUGUGUCUGCAAGAGGUCUUGGACACAACUAGUGUGUAUAGGUUUACUGGGACAACAGUAAAGCACUGGUUGAUACAUUGUAAAAGUUUGUAACAUCUUCUGAUAAACAUUGCAUUUUCCAUGUAAGGGCAGGUGUAUGCAAAUAAAUUCAUUCAGGAGUUGAGCAAUUUAAUAUGUUGUAGCAAAUAUAUUAAAUCUUUGCUUUUGGUGUUUAUUGUGCUCACAGUUUUGUCUUAAUGGUAAAAAAUAUCACUUUUUAACUAUAUUUAAUGUUACUCAGUUACCUUAUUUUAAAAAAAAAGUUAUGUUCAACCAGAUUAUUACAUGACACUGAUAGAUAGCAGUUGUGAGAUAUUCCCUGGUCAAGACUUAACAAGUAACAAUUAAUCCACUGUCUCCAAUGACACCUGCAUAGACUCUGAGAGCAUAUGGAUGUCAGGUGAGGGAAAACGCUCAUCUCUGGAGGUUUACUGAAGUCUAUGGUUCAGAUACUUUCAUCUCAAGAUCUAAGUCCUUUUGUUGCAGUAGUUUCUGUAUCAGAGUUUCAUGGAGAUUGAUAGGCAGGAUGUAUUUACACAGCAGACAAUACCAAUGCAAGUUACCUUGCAUCCACUCCAUCAGGUUUGGAUCUUGCUCUGAAAGCAGAAGACAAAUGCACUUUCUUUGGGGCUGUCUUAUCUCCUGCUUCAGUUUUGAUCUUGACACAGGUUAAUGUAAAGUUCACGUCAGUACAUGGAGCACUUGCAGCCUGUUUACUUCUGAUCCUUUCACGGUGUGGUCUGUACAACCAUGCAAAUCUGAUUUUUACUGGGUUGGCAUGUGUCCUAAGCUAAACAGGAAGCAUUCUGGUUAUCUCAUUUCCAUUUUUUCCUAACUGAUAAAAGGAUUAGUCUCAGUAAAAUGAUAUUCUUUGUGGAGGGGGUUGUAGUUCUCUAUGUCUUGUGGCUUCCUGAGUAGCUAUUCCUCUGUAUAUGCCACGUUUUCCAAAUGAUGGGAUUGUUAAUUGUGUUUCCUGGUAGCCAAGGAUUCUACAGUUUCAUGCUGCAGUAGUACGAUUUCUGUUGGAAAUGUGUAUGUGCUCAUAAAUGGUUUAUUUCUCUAGUAUAAGUUGUUGUGAAUGAGUAUACAGCACAGCAGUUGUUCUGUCUCUAAAGAUAAGCAGCUUGAGAAAGAAGUGUACUAAAGAAUUAUUCCCCUCUGCCUUCCUGCAGCUCAUCAUUUAGUGGUGAGAUGGAUGUUUACAAAAAGCAAAGUGGUCCCAAAGCUAUGGAUAAUGUUUUGUCAAACUUAAGUUUUUUGAAAUCUAUAAUAUAAUGUAAUAUAUUUUAAUAUUUAAAAACCUGAAAAGUUGGAAUGUCAUACUUAAAUAAAAUUUAUUUCAAAAACUUGAA